ACAAGAUUAAUUUAGCGCGUCGUAGUAAUAUGUGAUCACAUAAUCCUGUCUCAAAUCGAAGCCGGUCUCUGUUAUUGGUUGGACACAACAUGAGAGUGCAUCUUUGGCAGGAUUCUCUUUUGGGAUGGGUUGUUCUUUGGAUUUCGUUGUGGUACUCAACGGGUAGCCAACAGAAAGCUGCCGAUACCUGUUCUGAUAUAUGGGUUGGUGUUCCGAAGGAUCAACCCAAAACAUGGUAUAAAAUAUCGUGCAAGGCAGCCAACUGGCUCAUGGUUGAAACCGACUGUCAGAAACUCGGUGGCCAUCUUGCCGAGAUUGGCAGUCGUGAAGAACAGACGUUUCUGUACGAUGCUCUCAGGGCUGUGAAUGCGACAGAAUUCUGGGUCGGCUACCGAAUAAAGGCGUACAUAACCAACGACGGGAUUAAUUAUGUGAAUUGCGUCGUAAGGUCACAAACCGCCAGCAAGUUGUGGACAGGAGUACUUUUUAAGAAAAAGAAAUGUUUAGCUGCUAGAAGAAGCACCUGUGGACUAAUUCGUCAAGAUAGUGUCGGAACUGUUUGGGACCAGGCGUGUAAUGACGCGCAUCCGUACAUAUGUGAGACGCAAAAAGGUGCACAGAUUGGACAGAGGUCGGAAUACCACCUGGAUGUAAACUAGAUCCUCCCAAACCUGGAGAAUGUUGUGAAGUACUCAACUGCAGCCACAUUACAGCUCCACCUUAAAAUAUUGUUUACAUUGCAAUAAUUGGCACACAUAAUCAGGCCCGCAGCCAGAAAUUUCAAAAGGGAGGUUCUUUUUCUGAAAAAGUGGACCUUUUACAAUGAAACUUUCAUGUACCUUAAUUAAAUUUCACCCAGAGAGGACCUUUUCCCUGCAGGGAGGUUUUUUUUCGAACCCCCCCCAAACCCCCCUUAGCUACAGGCCUGCAUAAUUGAUGAAAAGACGGAACUAUAUUUCAAAUCUGUCUUUUAUCAGAGUGAAAAAUAAAACUUCGGCACACCUUUCAAUGUUGUUUA